ACCGGCCAGAGUGCAGGCUGCGGGCAGGAGUCCUGCCGGUCCUGGGCCCUUAGAGGAAGGUGAGACCUGGUGGCUCUUGCUCUACCAUCUGAGCCCCUGGCCUGGGCGCUGCCCUGAAUUCCCCUGUUGAGACAGGUCCCCCCACCCCUUCCUUCCACCAUGGAUCAUUCCUCAUUCAGCGGCGCGCCCCGAUUCCUGACCCGGCCUAAGGCCUUCGUGGUGUCGGUGGGUAAGGACGCCACGCUAAGCUGCCAGAUCGUGGGCAACCCCACGCCGCAGGUGAGCUGGGAGAAGGACCGGCAGCCGGUGGAGGCGGGCGCUCGCUUCCGCCUGGCCCAGGACGACGACCAGUACCACCUCACUAUCCUGGACCUGGCGCUGGGCGACAGCGGACAGUACGUGUGCCGCGCGCGGAACGCCAUCGGCGAGGCCUUCGCCGCCGUGGGCCUGCAGGUGAACGCCGAGGCCGCGUGCGCGGAGCAGGCGCCCCACUUCCUGCUGCGGCCCACGUCCAUCCGCGUGCGCGAGGGCGCGGAGGCCACCUUCCGCUGCCGCGUCCGCGGCUCGCCGCCCCUGGCCGUGAGCUGGGACAAGGACGGGAGGCGCCUGGGCGCGCCGGACGCCCCUCGAGUGAGCGUGGAGGCCAGCGGCGAGGCGAGCGCGCUGCGCAUCCAGGCCGCGCGGCCGCGCGACGGCGGCACCUACACGGUGCGCGCCGAGAACCCGCUGGGCACCGCCAGCGCCGCCGCCGCGCUGACGGUGGACGCGGACGCGGACGCGGCAGGCCCGCCCGGCGCCUCCACCGCCGCCCUCCUGGCGCACCUGCAGCGGCGGCGCGAGGCCAUGCGGGCCGAGGGAGCCCCGGCCUCGCCGCCGGGCGGGGGCACUCGCACCUGCACAGUGACCGAGGGCAAGCACGCGCGCCUCAGCUGCUACGUGACAGGCGAGCCCAAGCCCGAGACCGUGUGGAAGAAGGAUGGGCAGCUGGUGGCCGAGGGCCGGCGACACCUGGUGUACGAGGACGCGCAGGAAAACUUUGUGCUCAAGAUCCUCUUCUGCAAGCAGUCAGACCGUGGCCUCUACAUGUGCACAGCGUCCAACCUCGUGGGCCAGACCUACAGCUCCGUGCUGGUCGUUGUGCGAGAGCCCACAGUGCCCUUCAAGACGAGGCUGCAGGACCUGGAGGUGCAGGAGAAGGGGUCGGCCACGUUUCAGUGUGAGGUGCCGCUGCCGACCACGGAGGCCGUGUGGUACAAGGAAGAGACACGGCUGUGGGCCAGCGCCAAGUAUGCCAUCGAGGAGGCGGGCACAGAGCGCCGGCUCACUGUCCACAAUGCUUCCACUGAUGAUGACGCGGUGUACAUCUGUGAGAUGGCCGAGGGCAGCCGCACGGUGGCCGAGCUCGCAGUACAAGGCAACCUCACCCGAAAGCUCCCGAGAAAGACAGUGGUGCGAGUGGGGGACACUGCCAUGUUCUGCGUAGAGCUGGCCAGGCCAGAGGGCCCGGUCCACUGGCUUCGGAAUCAUGAGGAGGUGGUGGCCGGGGGCCGAGUAGCCAUCACCACCGAAGGCACAUGCCACACGCUGACCAUCUCCAAGUGCAGCCUGGAGGAUGUGGGUGAGGUGGCCUUUGUGGCUGGGGACUGCCGGACGUCCACUCAGUUCUUGGUGUCAGCCCCCAGGAAGCCACCACCACACACCCCUGAGGCCCCUGUGGUGAAGGCCAAGACAGAGAGUUCCGUGACUCUCAGCUGGUCCCCACCACCCCAUGGGGACCGCCCUGUCACCAUUGAUGGCUACGUGGUGGAGAAGAAGCGAUUGGGCACCUACACCUGGAGCCGAUGCCAUGAGGCCGAGUGGGUGGCUACACCUGAGCUGACUGUGGACUGUGUGGCUGAGGAGGGGGACUUCCAGUUCCGUGUGUCAGCUGUAAACAGCUUUGGCCAGAGCUCCUACCUUGAGUUCCCGGGGACUGUCCACCUGGCACCCCAGCUGGCUGUGAAGACACCUCUGAAGGCAGUGGAGGCGGUGGAGGGCAGUGAGGUGACCUUCUCUGUGGACCUCACUUUGGUCUCUGUGGGCGAGUGGUUCCUGGAUGGGCAGGCCCUGAAGGCCAGCAACACAUAUGUGAUCCGCUGCGAGGGCACACGGCAUGUCCUCACCAUCCGCUCAGUACCUGCCAGCCUGCAUGGUGCUGAGCUCAAGUUCGUGGCCAAUGGCAUCGAGAGCAGCAUCCGCAUGGAGGUCCGAGGGCUGACCACCAAGCAUCCAACAGAAGUUCGGGAGGUGCUGGCCCGACUACAUGAGGAGGCACAGCUCCUGGCAGAGCUGUCAGACCAGGCUACGGCGGUAACGUGGCUCAAGGACGGCCGAGCGCUGCCCCCAGGCCCCAAGUACAAGGUGCAGGCUUCAGCAGGACAGCGGGCACUGCUGGUGCGGGAUGUGGCGCGGGACGACGCUGGCCUGUAUGAGUGUGUCAGCCGUGGGGGCCGCAUCGCCUACCACCUGUCAGUUCAAGCUGCCCUCGCAGGACUCACACCCUUUCUGCACAAAGACUCGGCGGGUGGCUGCGUGGACACGGUGGCUGGGGGUCCGGCCCACUUUGAGUGCGAGACUGUGGAGGCCCAGGUGCCCGUGUGCUGGUUCAAGGAUGGCUUGGAGCUUGGCCACUCCUCGCACUUCUCACAGGAGGAUGUGGGCACACGGCAUCGACUGGUGGCCAACUCAGUCACCAGGCAAGACGAGGGCACCUAUUCGUGCCGCGUGGGCGAGCACUCGGUGGAUUUCCAGCUGCGUGUCUGUGAGCCCACGGUGGUGUUUGCCAAGGAGCAGUCGGCACACAGCGAGGUGAAGGCCACGGCCGGGGCCAGUGCCACGCUGAGCUGCGAGGUGGCCCAGGCUCAGACGCAGGUGACGUGGUACAAGGAUGGCAAGAAGCUGAGCGGGAGCUCGAAAGUGCGCGUGGAGGCCACGGGCUGCACCCGGCGGCUGGUGCUGCAGCAGGCGGCGAAGGGGGACAGCGGGGAGUACAGCUGCGAGGCCGGGGGCCAGAAGGUCACCUUCAACCUAGAUGUCCCAGAGCCCACGGUGGUGUUUGCCAAGGAGCAGUCGGCACACAGCGAGGUGAAGGCCACGGCCGGGGCCAGUGCCACGCUGAGCUGCGAGGUGGCCCAGGCUCAGACGCAGGUGACGUGGUACAAGGAUGGCAAGAAGCUGAGCGGGAGCUCGAAAGUGCGCGUGGAGGCCACGGGCUGCACCCGGCGGCUGGUGCUGCAGCAGGCGGCGAAGGGGGACAGCGGGGAGUACAGCUGCGAGGCCGGGGGCCAGAGGGUCACCUUCCAUCUGGAUGUCGCAGAGCCCACGGUGGUGUUUGCCAAGGAACAGUCAGCACACAGUGAGGUGAAGGCCACGGCCGGGGCCAGUGCCACGCUGAGCUGCGAGGUGGCCCAGGCUCAGACGCAGGUGACGUGGUACAAGGAUGGCAAGAAGCUGAGCGGGAGCUCGAAAGUGCGCGUGGAGGCCACGGGCUGCACCCGGCGGCUGGUGCUGCAGCAGGCGGCGAAGGGGGACAGCGGGGAGUACAGCUGCGAGGCCGGGGGCCAGAAGGUCACCUUCAACCUAGAUGUCCCAGAGCCCACGGUGGUGUUUGCCAAGGAGCAGUCGGCACACAGCGAGGUGAAGGCCACGGCCGGGGCCAGUGCCACGCUGAGCUGCGAGGUGGCCCAGGCUCAGACGCAGGUGACGUGGUACAAGGAUGGCAAGAAGCUGAGCGGGAGCUCGAAAGUGCGCGUGGAGGCCACGGGCUGCACCCGGCGGCUGGUGCUGCAGCAGGCGGCGAAGGGGGACAGCGGGGAGUACAGCUGCGAGGCCGGGGGCCAGAAGGUCACCUUCAACCUAGAUGUCCCAGAGCCCACGGUGGUGUUUGCCAAGGAGCAGUCGGCACACAGUGAGGUGAAGGCCACGGCCGGGGCCAGUGCCACGCUGAGCUGCGAGGUGGCCCAGGCUCAGACGCAGGUGACGUGGUACAAGGAUGGCAAGAAGCUGAGCGGGAGCUCGAAAGUGCGCGUGGAGGCCACGGGCUGCACCCGGCGGCUGGUGCUGCAGCAGGCGGCGAAGGGGGACAGCGGGGAGUACAGCUGCGAGGCCGGGGGCCAGAAGGUCACCUUCAACCUAGAUGUCCCAGAGCCCACGGUGGUGUUUGCCAAGGAGCAGUCGGCACACAGCGAGGUGAAGGCCACGGCCGGGGCCAGUGCCACACUGAGCUGCGAGGUGGCCCAGGCUCAGACGCAGGUGACGUGGUACAAGGAUGGCAAGAAGCUGAGCGGGAGCUCGAAAGUGCGCGUGGAGGCCACGGGCUGCACCCGGCGGCUGGUGCUGCAGCAGGCGGCGAAGGGGGACAGCGGGGAGUACAGCUGCGAGGCCGGGGGCCAGAAGGUCACCUUCAACCUAGAUGUCCCAGAGCCCACGGUGGUGUUUGCCAAGGAGCAGUCGGCACACAGCGAGGUGAAGGCCACGGCCGGGGCCAGUGCCACGCUGAGCUGCGAGGUGGCCCAGGCUCAGACGCAGGUGACGUGGUACAAGGAUGGCAAGAAGCUGAGCGGGAGCUCGAAAGUGCGCGUGGAGGCCACGGGCUGCACCCGGCGGCUGGUGCUGCAGCAGGCGGCGAAGGGGGACAGCGGGGAGUACAGCUGCGAGGCCGGGGGCCAGAAGGUCACCUUCAACCUAGAUGUCCCAGAGCCCACGGUGGUGUUUGCCAAGGAGCAGUCGGCACACAGCGAGGUGAAGGCCACGGCCGGGGCCAGUGCCACGCUGAGCUGCGAGGUGGCCCAGGCUCAGACGCAGGUGACGUGGUACAAGGAUGGCAAGAAGCUGAGCGGGAGCUCGAAAGUGCGCGUGGAGGCCACGGGCUGCACCCGGCGGCUGGUGCUGCAGCAGGCGGCGAAGGGGGACAGCGGGGAGUACAGCUGCGAGGCCGGGGGCCAGAAGGUCACCUUCAACCUAGAUGUCCCAGAGCCCACGGUGGUGUUUGCCAAGGAGCAGUCGGCACACAGCGAGGUGAAGGCCACGGCCGGGGCCAGUGCCACGCUGAGCUGCGAGGUGGCCCAGGCUCAGACGCAGGUGACGUGGUACAAGGAUGGCAAGAAGCUGAGCGGGAGCUCGAAAGUGCGCGUGGAGGCCACGGGCUGCACCCGGCGGCUGGUGCUGCAGCAGGCGGCGAAGGGGGACAGCGGGGAGUACAGCUGCGAGGCCGGGGGCCAGAAGGUCACCUUCAACCUAGAUGUCCCAGAGCCCACGGUGGUGUUUGCCAAGGAGCAGUCGGCACACAGUGAGGUGAAGGCCACGGCCGGGGCCAGUGCCACGCUGAGCUGCGAGGUGGCCCAGGCUCAGACGCAGGUGACGUGGUACAAGGAUGGCAAGAAGCUGAGCGGGAGCUCGAAAGUGCGCGUGGAGGCCACGGGCUGCACCCGGCGGCUGGUGCUGCAGCAGGCGGCGAAGGGGGACAGCGGGGAGUACAGCUGCGAGGCCGGGGGCCAGAAGGUCACCUUCAACCUAGAUGUCCCAGAGCCCACGGUGGUGUUUGCCAAGGAGCAGUCGGCACACAGCGAGGUGAAGGCCACGGCCGGGGCCAGUGCCACACUGAGCUGCGAGGUGGCCCAGGCUCAGACGCAGGUGACGUGGUACAAGGAUGGCAAGAAGCUGAGCGGGAGCUCGAAAGUGCGCGUGGAGGCCACGGGCUGCACCCGGCGGCUGGUGCUGCAGCAGGCGGCGAAGGGGGACAGCGGGGAGUACAGCUGCGAGGCCGGGGGCCAGAAGGUCACCUUCAACCUAGAUGUCCCAGAGCCCACGGUGGUGUUUGCCAAGGAGCAGUCGGCACACAGCGAGGUGAAGGCCACGGCCGGGGCCAGUGCCACGCUGAGCUGCGAGGUGGCCCAGGCUCAGACGCAGGUGACGUGGUACAAGGAUGGCAAGAAGCUGAGCGGGAGCUCGAAAGUGCGCGUGGAGGCCACGGGCUGCACCCGGCGGCUGGUGCUGCAGCAGGCGGCGAAGGGGGACAGCGGGGAGUACAGCUGCGAGGCCGGGGGCCAGAAGGUCACCUUCAACCUAGAUGUCCCAGAGCCCACGGUGGUGUUUGCCAAGGAGCAGUCGGCACACAGCGAGGUGAAGGCCACGGCCGGGGCCAGUGCCACGCUGAGCUGCGAGGUGGCCCAGGCUCAGACGCAGGUGACGUGGUACAAGGAUGGCAAGAAGCUGAGCGGGAGCUCGAAAGUGCGCGUGGAGGCCACGGGCUGCACCCGGCGGCUGGUGCUGCAGCAGGCGGCGAAGGGGGACAGCGGGGAGUACAGCUGCGAGGCCGGGGGCCAGAAGGUCACCUUCAACCUAGAUGUCCCAGAGCCCACGGUGGUGUUUGCCAAGGAGCAGUCGGCACACAGCGAGGUGAAGGCCACGGCCGGGGCCAGUGCCACGCUGAGCUGCGAGGUGGCCCAGGCUCAGACGCAGGUGACGUGGUACAAGGAUGGCAAGAAGCUGAGCGGGAGCUCGAAAGUGUGCGUGGAGGCCACGGGCUGCACCCGGCGGCUGGUGCUGCAGCAGGCGGCGAAGGGGGACAGCGGGGAGUACAGCUGCGAGGCCGGGGGCCAGAAGGUCACCUUCAACCUAGAUGUCCCAGAGCCCACGGUGGUGUUUGCCAAGGAGCAGUCGGCACACAGCGAGGUGAAGGCCACGGCCGGGGCCAGUGCCACGCUGAGCUGCGAGGUGGCCCAGGCUCAGACGCAGGUGACGUGGUACAAGGAUGGCAAGAAGCUGAGCGGGAGCUCGAAAGUGCGCGUGGAGGCCACGGGCUGCACCCGGCGGCUGGUGCUGCAGCAGGCGGCGAAGGGGGACAGCGGGGAGUACAGCUGCGAGGCCGGGGGCCAGAAGGUCACCUUCAACCUAGAUGUCCCAGAGCCCACGGUGGUGUUUGCCAAGGAGCAGUCGGCACACAGCGAGGUGAAGGCCACGGCCGGGGCCAGUGCCACGCUGAGCUGCGAGGUGGCCCAGGCUCAGACGCAGGUGACGUGGUACAAGGAUGGCAAGAAGCUGAGCGGGAGCUCGAAAGUGCGCGUGGAGGCCACGGGCUGCACCCGGCGGCUGGUGCUGCAGCAGGCGGCGAAGGGGGACAGCGGGGAGUACAGCUGCGAGGCCGGGGGCCAGAAGGUCACCUUCAGCCUAGAUGUCCCAGAGCCAGAGCCUGAGUCCCCAGCCCUGGAGAAACCCAACCGCAGGGGGCUUCUGGUGGUCAAAGAACACGAGGACAUCGUCCUGACUGCCACGCUGGCCGCACCCUCUGUGGCUGCGGUGACAUGGCUCAAGGACGGCGUGGAGAUUCGCCGCAGUAAGCGGCACCAGACGGCCAGCCUGUGGGACACGCACACCCUGACGGUGCGCGGUGCGCAGACUCUGGACAGCGCGGUGUACAGCUGCUGUGUAGGCGCCGAGGCGCAGGACUUCCCGGUGCAGGUGGAAGAGGUGGCCGCCAGGUUCUGCCAGCCCCUGGAGCCCGUGAGCGGGGAGCUGGGCGGCACGGUGACGCUGGCCUGCGAGCUGAGCCCGGCGCAGGCCGAGGUGGUGUGGCGCUGUGGGAGCACGCAGCUGCGGCCGGGCAAGCGCUUCCAGAUGGCGGCCGAGGGGCUCCGGCGCUCCCUCACCGUGUCGGGCCUGCGGGCGGAGGAUGCGGGCGAGUACGUGUGCGAGAGCCGCGACGACCGCACCAGCGCCCGGCUCUCGGUCCGCGUCCCCCGCGAAGUCAAGUUCACGUCUGGGCUGAGCGCCAUGGUCGCGGAGGAGGGCCAGGAGGUCACCUUCCAGUGCGUGGUGACCCCCAGCGACGCGGCGGUCCUGUGGUUCCGGGACGGUACCCAGCUGCAGCCCAGCGAGAAGUUUCGCAUGUCGCAGAGCGGCGCCAGCCACAGCCUGACCAUCUCGGGUCUGGUCCUGGAGGACGCCGGCCAGAUCGCCGCGGAGGCUGAGGGGGUCACAUCCUCGGCUGCCCUCCGCGUCCGAGAGGCUCCUGUGCUGUUCAAGAAGAAGCUGGAGCCACAGACAGUGGAGGAGUGGGGUUCAGUGACCCUGGCGGUAGAGCUGACCAGGCCUUGGCCGGAUGUCAAGUGGACACGCAAUGCCAUGGCCAUAUCCCCAAGCGAGAAUGUGGCCAUCUACACGGAGGGCGCAAGUCACCGCUUGGUCCUCCGCAGUGUGGGUUUUGCUGACCGUGGCUUCUAUGGCUGUGAGACGCCAGAUGACAAGACACAGGCCAAGCUCACAGUAACAAUGCGCCAGGUCCAGCUCCUGCGGGGUCUGCAGAUGGUGGAGGUGCAAGAGCAGGGCUCCACCACCAUGGAGGUGGAGCUGUCCCAUGCCAACGUAGAGGGCAGCUGGACACGUGAUGGCCUUCGGCUACAGCCAGGGCCCACGUGCCAACUGGCAGUUCAAGGCCCCAUUCACACCCUCACGCUGUCUGAGCUGCGGCCACAGGAUGGUGGUCUCAUCGCCUUCAAGGCUGAGGGCGUGCACACAUCUGCGCGGCUGGUGGUAACUGAGCUGCCUGUGAGGUUCAGCCGCCUACUGCAGGAUGUGGUGGCUACAGAGAAAGACAAAGUGACCCUGGAGUGUGAGCUGUCACGCCCCAAUGUGGACGUGCGCUGGCUGAAGGAUGGCGUGGAGCUUCAGGUUGGCAAGACAGUGGGUAUGGCAGCCAAGGGCACCUGCCGGACUCUCAUCAUUUACCAGUGUGCCUUUGGAGACCAGGGCGUGUAUGUGUGUGAUGCCCAUGGGGCUCAGACCUCGGCAUCCCUGAAGGUGCAAGGGCGCAACAUCCAGAUCCUGAGACCCCUGGAGGACGUGGAGGUGAUGGAGAAGGAGAGCGCCACUUUCUCCUGUGAGGUCUCCCAUGAUGACGUGUCUGCUCAGUGGUUCCGGGAGGGCAGUAAGCUUCGGUCCAGUGACAACGUGCGCAUCCGCCAGGAAGGAAGGACAUACACGCUCAUCUACCGGAGGGUCCUGGUGGAAGAAGCAGGGGAAAUCCGAUUUGUAGCUGAAAAUGCAGAAUCUCGAGCCCAGCUCCGAGUGAGAGAGCUGCCAGUGUCCAUUCUGCGCCCCCUGCGGGACAAGAUUGCCAUGGAGAAGCAUCGCGGGGUACUUGAGUGCCAGGUGUCUCGGGCCAGUGCCCAGGUGCGGUGGUUCAAGGGUGGCGUGGAACUGCGGACCGGGCCCAAGUACGAGAUGGUCAGCGAUGGCCUCUACCGCAAGCUGGUCAUCAGUGACGUGCAGCCUGAGGAUGAGGACACUUACACAUGUGAUGCUGGCGAUGUGAAGACCUCUGCCCAGUUCUUUGUGGAAGAGCAAUCCAUCACCAUCGUGCGGGGCCUGCAGGACGUGACCGUGAUGGAGCCCGCCCCCGCCUGGUUCGAGUGUGAGACCUCCAUUCCCUCUGUUCGGCCGCCCAAGUGGCUGCUGGGGAAGACGCCGUUGCAGCCCGGGAAGGAUGUGGGCAUGGAGCAGGAAGGCACAGUGCACCGGCUGACGCUGCGGCGCACCUGCUCCACCAUGACCGGGCCAGUGCACUUCACCAUCGGCAAGUCGCGCACCACCGCCCAGCUGGUUGUCUCAGACAUCCCUGUGGUGCUUACAAGGCCGCUGGAGCCUAAGGCGGGCCGUGAACUGCAGUCAGUGGUCCUGUCCUGCGACUUCAAGCCGCCCCCCAAGGCUGUGCAGUGGUACAAGGAGGACACACCCUUGGCGCCCUCGGACAAAUUCAGAAUGCGCCUGGAGGGCCACAUGGCUGAGCUGCGAGUGCUGCGGCUCACGCCCGCCGACGCCGGCGUCUACCGGUGCCAGGCCGGCGGUGCCCAGAGCUGUGCCCAGGUCACCGUGGAAGCGCGGGAGGUGACCGUGACGAGGCCGCUGCAGGACGCGGAGGCCACGGAGGAGGGCCGCGCCUGCUUCUCGUGCGAGCUUUCCCACGAGGACGAAGAGGUGGAGUGGUCACUCAAUGGGACGCCCCUCUACAACGACAGCUUCCACGAAAUCACCCACGAGGGCCACCGCCACACGCUGGUGCUGAAGCGGGUCAGGCGGGGGGACGCGGGCACCGUGCGCGUCUCUUCCCCCAAGGUCACGGCCUCUGCCCGCCUGGAGGUCAGAGCGAAGCCGGCGGUGUUCCUGAAGGCGCUGGACGACGUGUCCGCGGAGGAGCAGAGCACCCUGACCCUGCAGUGCGAGGUCUCCGACCCCCAGGCGGGUGUGGUGUGGCGCAAGGACGGAGUGGAGCUGGGCCCCAGCGACAAGUACGACUUUCUGCACACGGCGGGCACGCGUGGGCUGGUGGUCCACGACCUGAGCCUGGACGACGCGGGCCUGUACACCUGCCAUCUGGGCACUGAGGAGACCUGCGCGCACGUCAGCGUGCACGACCUGCACGUGGGCAUCACCAAGAGGCUGAAGAACGUGGAGGUGCUAGAGGGUGAGGGCUGCAACUUCGAGUGUAUCCUGUCCCAUGAGGACACAGGUGACACGGCCACUUGGACAGUCGGCGGGAAGACAUUGGGCAGCGCAGGCCGCUUCCGGGCCACUCGCCAGGGCCGAAAGUACAUCCUGGAGGUGCGAGAGGCGCUGCUGAGUGACACCGGGGAGGUGGUCUUCUCUGUGCGCGGCCUCACCUCCAAGGCCUCGCUCCUCGUCAAAGAAAGGCCGGCAGACAUCACAAAGCCAUUGGAAGACCAGCGGGCCAUGGCAGGGGAGGAUGCAAUACUGAGCUGUGAGCUGUCACGGGUGGACUCCCCAGUGCGCUGGCUGAAGGAUGGGAAAGCCAUUCGCAAGAGUCAGAAGUAUGACCUGCUCUGUGAGGGCACGCGGGCCAUGCUGGUAGUCCACGCGGCCUCACUCAAAGAUUCUGGAGAAUACACGUGUGAAACAGAGGCUUCCAAGAGCACAGCCAGCCUCUAUGUGGAAGAAAAGCCAAACCGGUUCACAGAGGAGCUGGCUGACCUGCAGGUGGAGGAAAAAGGCCUGGCUGUAUUUACCUGCAAGACAGAGCGCCCUGCAGCCACGGUGACCUGGAGAAAGGGCCUCUCUGAGCUGCAUGCCUCGAGGAAGCAUGCACCCAGCCAGGAGGGCGUGACCUUGAGGCUCACCAUCAGUGCCCUGGAAAAGGCAGACAGUGAUACGUACUCCUGCGAUAUUGGCCAGGCAAGGUCCCAGGCACGGCUUGUGGUGCAAGGUCAGAGAGUGCUCAUCACAGAGGACCUGAGGGACGCAGAGGUGCAGGAGGGCUCCUCUGCCACCUUCAGCUGCCGUGUCUCCCCUGGGGACUAUGGGCCUGUCUACUGGUUCCUGGACAAAACACCUCUGCACCCUAAUGAGCUCAAUGAGAUUGAGACCCAGCCGGGUGGUUACCAUAUGCUCACCCUGCGGGAGCUUGGGCUCAAGGACUCAGGCACUGUCUACUUUGAAGCGGGCGACCAGCGGUCCUCGGCCACCCUGCGGGUCACAGAGAAGCCAAGUGUCUUCUCCCAGGAGCUCACGGAUGCCACAAUCAUGGAGGGGGAGGAUCUGACUCUGGUCUGUGAGACCACUGUCCCGGACAACCCUGUGCAUUGGACCAAGGAUGGGAAAACCCUGCGGGGGUCGGCCCGGUGCCAGCUGAGCCGUGAGGGCCGCCGAGCCCAGCUGGUCAUCACUGGCACCACCCUGCAGGAUGGCGGGCGCUACAAGUGUGAGGCUGCGGGUGCCUGGAGCAGCUCCAUUGUCAGGAUCCACGCGCGGCCCGUGCACUUCCGGGAAAGCCUGAAGGACAUGGAGGUGCUAGAGGGCGGUGCUGCCACACUGCGCUGCAAGCUGUCAACGGUGGCUGCACCUGUGGAGUGGCGCUGUGGAGACGAGGUCCUGCGGCCAGGAGGCAAGUACAGGAUGCGGCAGGAGGGUACCAUGCUGGAGCUGGUGGUCCGGGACUUGCAGCCCGGCGACAGCGGGCAGUACGUCUGCUGCUUCGGGGACCAGACAACCUCAGCCACGCUCACCGUAAAGGCCCUGCCUGCGGAGUUCAUAGGAAGACUGAGAAGCAAGGAGGCCACGGAAGGGGCCGUGGUAACGCUGCGCUGCGAGCUGAGCAAGGCGGCCCCCGUGGAGUGGAGGAAGGGGCUCGAGGCCCUCAGAGCCGGGGACAGAGUCAGCCUGAGGCAGGACGGGGCCGUGUGUGAGCUGGAGAUCCGUGGCCUGGCGGUGGCGGAUGCCGGGGAGUACUCAUGCGUGUGCGGGCAGGAGAGGACGUCGGCCACACUGACCGUCAGGGCCCUGCCUGCGGAGUUCAUAGGAAGACUGAGAAGCAAGGAGGCCACGGAAGGGGCCGUGGUAACGCUGCGCUGCGAGCUGAGCAAGGCGGCCCCCGUGGAGUGGAGGAAGGGGCUCGAGGCCCUCAGAGCCGGGGACAGAGUCAGCCUGAGGCAGGACGGGGCCGUGUGUGAGCUGGAGAUCCGUGGCCUGGCGGUGGCGGAUGCCGGGGAGUACUCAUGCGUGUGCGGGCAGGAGAGGACGUCGGCCACACUGACAGUCAAGGCCCUGCCUGCGAAGUUCACAAAGGGUCUGAGGAAUGAGGAGGCCACUGAAGGGGCAACGGCCACACUUCUCUGCGAGCUGAGCAAGGAGGCGCCUGUGCAAUGGAGGAAGGGGCUUGAGACCCUCAGAGCUGGGCACAGAGUUAGCCUGAGGCAGGACGGGGUCCUGUGUGAGCUGGAGAUCCGAGGUCUGGCUAUGGCAGAUGCCGGGGAGUACUCGUGCGUGUGCGGGCAGGAGAGCACGUCAGCCACACUGACCAUCAAGGCCCUGCCCGCCAAGUUCACAAAGGGUCUGAGGAAGGAAGAGGCCACAGAAGGGGCCAUGGUAACGCUGCACUGUGAGCUGAGCAAGGCGGCCCCUGUGGAGUGGAGGAAGGGGCUCGAGACCCUCAGAGCUGGGGACAGAGUCAGCCUGAAGCAGGACGGGGCUGUGUGUGAGCUGGAGAUCCAAGAACUGGUCAUGGCGGAUGCCGGGGAGUACUUGUGCGUGUGCGGGCAGGAGAGCACGUCAGCCACACUGACCGUCAGGGCCCUGCCCGCGAAGUUCACAAAGAGUCUGAGGAAGGAAGAGGCCAUGGAAGGGGCCACAGCCACACUGCACUGCGAGCUGAGCAAGGCAGCCCAUGUGGAGUGGAGGAAGGGGCUCGAGACCCUCAGAGCUGGGGACAGAGUCAGCCUGAGGCAGGAUGGGGCUGUGUGUGAGCUGGAGAUCCAGGAACUGGUUGUGGCGGAUGCCGGGGAGUAUUCGUGUGUGUGCGGGCAGGAGAGCACGUCAGCCACACUGACCAUCAAGGCCCUGCCCGCCAAGUUCACAAAGGGUCUGAGGAAGGAAGAGGCCACAGAAGGGGCCAUGGUAACGCUGCACUGUGAGCUGAGCAAGGCGGCCCCUGUGGAGUGGAGGAAGGGGCUUGAGACCCUCAGAGCUGGGGACAGAGUCAGCCUGAAGCAGGACGGGGCUGUGUGUGAGCUGGAGAUCCAGGAACUGGUCGUGGCGGAUGCCGGGGAGUAUUCAUGCAUGUGUGGGCAGGAGAGCACGUCGGCCACAUUGACCAUCAAGGCCCUGCCCGCCAAGUUCACAAAGGGUCUGAGGAAGGAAGAGGCCACAGAAGGGGCCAUGGUAACGCUGCACUGUGAGCUGAGCAAGGCGGCCCCUGUGGAGUGGAGGAAGGGGCUCGAGACCCUCAGAGCUGGGGACAGAGUCAGCCUGAAGCAGGACGGGGCUGUGUGUGAGCUGGAGAUCCAGGAACUGGUCGUGGCGGAUGCCGGGGAGUACUCGUGCGUGUGCGGGCAGGAGAGCACGUCAGCCACACUGACCAUCAGGGCCCUGCCCGCGAAGUUCACAAAGAGUCUGAGGAAGGAAGAGGCCAUGGAAGGGGCCACAGCCACAUUGCGCUGCGAGCUGAGCAAGGCGGCCCCUGUGGAGUGGAGGAAGGGGCUCGAGACCCUCAGAGCUGGGGACAGAGUCAGCCUGAGGCAGGAUGGGGCUGUGUGUGAGCUGGAGAUCCAGGAACUGGUUGUGGCGGAUGCCGGGGAGUACUCGUGCGUGUGCGGGCAGGAGAGCACGUCAGCCACACUGACCAUCAAGGCCCUGCCCGCCAAGUUCACAAAGGGUCUGAGGAAGGAAGAGGCCACAGAAGGGGCCAUGGUAACGCUGCACUGUGAGCUGAGCAAGGCGGCCCCUGUGGAGUGGAGGAAGGGGCUCGAGACCCUCAGAGCUGGGGACAGAGUCAGCCUGAAGCAGGACGGGGCUGUGUGUGAGCUGGAGAUCCAAGAACUGGUCAUGGCGGAUGCCGGGGAGUACUCGUGUGUGUGCGGGCAGGAGAGCACGUCAGCCACACUGACCAUCAGGGCCCUGCCCGCGAAGUUCACAAAGAGUCUGAGGAAGGAAGAGGCCAUGGAAGGGGCCACAGCCACACUGCGCUGCGAGCUGAGCAAGGCAGCCCAUGUGGAGUGGAGGAAGGGGCUCGAGACCCUCAGAGCUGGGGACAGAGUCAGCCUGAGGCAGGAUGGGGCUGUGUGUGAGCUGGAGAUCCAGGAACUGGUUGUGGCGGAUGCCGGGGAGUAUUCGUGUGUGUGCGGGCAGGAGAGCACGUCAGCCACACUGACCAUCAAGGCCCUGCCUGCCAAGUUCACAAAGGGUCUGAGGAAGGAAGAGGCCACAGAAGGGGCCAUGGUAACGCUGCACUGUGAGCUGAGCAAGGCGGCCCCUGUGGAGUGGAGGAAAGGGCUCAAGACCCUCAGAGCUGGGGACAGAGUCAGCCUGAAGCAGGACGGGACUGUGUGUGAGCUGGAGAUCCAGGAACUGGUCGUGGCGGAUGCCGGGGAGUACUCGUGCGUGUGCGGGCAGGAGAGCACGUCAGCCACACUGACCGUCAGGGCCCUGCCCGCGAAGUUCACAAAGAGUCUGAGGAAGGAAGAGGCCAUGGAAGGGGCCACAGCCACACUGCGCUGCGAGCUGAGCAAGGCAGCCCCUGUGGAGUGGAGGAAGGGGCUCGAGACCCUCAGAGCUGGGGACAGAGUCAGCCUGAGGCAGGAUGGGGCUGUGUGUGAGCUGGAGAUCCAGGAACUGGUUGUGGCGGAUGCCGGGGAGUACUCGUGCGUGUGCGGGCAGGAGAGCACGUCGGCCACACUGACCAUCAAGGCCCUGCCGUUGGUAUUCAGGGAGCCUUUGCAGAGCCUGCAGGCUGAGGAAGGCACAGGGGCCAGGCUGCGAUGUGAGCUGUCUGAACCCAGGGCUGUGGUCUGGAGCAAGGGUGGCCUGGAGCUGCAGGCCGACGAGCGCCGGGAGCCACGGCAGCAGGGCUGCAUGGUGGAGCUGGUGCUGCGGGACCUGCGCUGGGAAGAUGCGGGCGAGUACACCUGCACCUGUGGCUCCCAGGCCACCAGCGCCACUGUCACCGUCACAGCUGCACCCGUGCGGUUCCUCCGGGAACUGCAGGCCCAGGAGGUGGAUGAGGGUGGGACAGCACGCCUGUGCUGUGAGCUGAGCCGGGCGGGCACCACUGUGGAGUGGCGCAAGGGCUUGCUGCAGCUCUUCCCCUGUGCCAAGUACCAGAUGGUUCAGGAAGGCGUGACUGUGGAGCUGCUGGUGCACGAUGCAGACCAGGAGGACGCUGGACACUACACCUGUGACACAGGCCACGCACAGAGCACUGCCAGACUCUCAGUUCGCGCCCCCAGGCCCAUGUUCCAGACUGAGCUGCAGGACGCAGAGCAGGAGGUGGGCAGCCUGGCCCGGCUGUGCUGCCAGCUGAGUGAGGUGGAGCCUGGGGCCCCUGUGCAGUGGCUCAAGGAGGGUGUGGAGCUGCACACUGGCUCCAAGUAUGAGAUGCAUCACCAGGGGGCCAUGUGUGAACUGCUGAUCCACGGGCUCGAGGCCAAGGACGCGGGCCAGUAUGCCUGCGUGGUGGGUGGCCAGAAAACCAUGGCCUCUGUCAAGGUCAGAGCCCCCCAGGUGACCAUUCUGGAGCCCCUGCAGGAUGUGCAGCUCAGUGAGGGCCAGGAUGCCCAUUUCCGAUGCCGGCUGUCCAGGGCCUCUGGCCAGGAGGCUCGCUGGGCCUUGGGAGGAGUGCCUCUGCAGGCCAACGAAAUGAAUGACAUUACAGUGGAGCAAGGCACACUCCACUCGCUCAUUCUCCACAAGGUGACCCUCGAGGAUGCAGGAACCAUCAGUUUCCAGGUGGGCUCAUGUAGCUCAGAGGCCCAGCUGAAGGUCACAGAGGCAGCGCCAUGCCUGGUACGUGGCUUGCAGAAUGUGGACGUCUUUGCGGGGGAUGUGGCCACGUUCUCCUGUGAGGUGUCCUGUGCGGGUGGGCCCGAGGCCUGCUGGUGGCUGGAUGGGACUCUGCUGCAGGACAGCCCCCAGAGUGCCAUCUGCGUGCACGAUGGGACGGUUCAUUCCCUCACGCUGUCGGGCCUGGGGGUUGCUGACUCAGGCACCAUCACCUACCGUGCAGGGCCCCUGGUCUCCACGGCCAAGUUGUUGGUCAAAGAUCCCGCAGUGGAGGUGGUCAGUGCCAUGCAAGACCUGGCGGUGGAGGAGGGUGGCCCAGCCGAGCUCCUCUGCCAGUACUCACGGCCAGUGCAGGCCACGUGGAAGAUGGACGAGCAGGAGGUGCGCGCCGACGGGCGUCGCGUCAUCAUAGAGCAGGACUGGACCGUGGCCAGGCUGUCCUUCAGACCAGCCUUGCCCUGCGACAGUGGCAUCUAUUCUUGUGAGGCUGCGGGCACCCGAGUGGUGGCUCUGCUGCAAGUGCAAGCCAAGAAUACAGUGGUGCGUGGCCUGGAAAACGUGGAGGUGCCCGAGGGGGGCGAAGCGCUAUUUGAGUGCCAGCUGUCCCGGCCAGAGGUGGCUGCACACACCUGGCUGCUGGAUGACCAGCCCGUGCUCAGCUCAGAGAACGCCGAGGUGGUCUACUUCGAGAAUGGUCUGCGGCACCUGCUGCUGCUCAAAAACCUGCGGCCUCAGGACAGCUGCCGGGUGACCUUCCUGGCUGGGGAUGUGGUGACCUCAGCGUUCCUCACCGUCAGAGGCUGGCGCCUGGAAGUCCUGGAGCCCCCGCGGGAUGCGGCCGUGGGGGCAGGAAGGCAGGCCCACUUCAGCUGCACGCUCAGCGAGGUGGUGCCCGUGGGCGAGGCAACCUGGUACAUCAACGGGACUGCAGUGCAGCCUGACGACGUGGACUGGAUGGUGACCGCAGAUGGCAGCCACCACACGCUGCUGCUGCGCCGCGCCCGGCCGCACCACGCCGGCGAAGUCACCUUUGCUGCCCGCGAAGCCGUGGCCUCUGCGCAGCUCACCGUGCUGGGCCUCCCGGAUCCCCCGGAGGACGCCGAGGUGGUGGGGCGCAGUGACCACUCCGUGACGCUGUCUUGGGUGGCCCCCACAAGCGAUGGCGGUGGCGGUCUCUGUGGCUACCGGGUGGAGAUGAAACCAUCGGCCACUGGGGAGUGGCAGCUGUGCGACGAACUGGUGUCCGAGCCGGAGUGCGUUGUGGAUGGCCUGGCCCCUGGGGAGACCUACCGCUUCCGCGUGGCGGCUGUGGGCCCUGCAGGCGCCGGAGAGCCCGUGCACCUGCCCCAGACAGUGAGGCUCGCAGAGCCCCUGGGACCUGCGCCCGCGCCCCUAGCUCUGGAGAGCCGGCAGGUGGCGGCCGGCCAGGAUUUGCGUCUGGAUUGUGAGGUGGUGGAGGCUGGAGAGGUUGUCUGGCUGAAGGGAACGGAGCGCAUCCAGCCUGGGGGGCGCUUCCAGGUUCUUUGCCAGAGUGGGCGACAGACGCUGGUGAUUCGGGACUUCUCAGCAGAGGACCAGGGCGAGUACCGCUGCAGCCCUGCCAGGGAUCCCAUCUCUGCUGCUGCCGUGGCCUUCCAGGUGGUGCUGACACCAGGAUCCAGAGAUGAGGUCCCUGCACAGCCCAGCCUGCCUCCUGAGGCGGCCCAGGAGGGUGACCUGCACCUGCUGUGGGAGGCCCUGGCUCGAAAGCGCCGCAUGAGCCGCGAGCCCACACUGGACUCCAUCAGCGAGCUGCCUGAGGAGGAUGGGCGCCUGCAGCGCCAGCGGCAGGAGGCAGAGGACCUGGCCCCUGACCUAUCUGAGGACUACUCCACAGCUGAUGAACUGGCACGCACUGGUGAGGCCGACCUCUCACACACCAGCUCUGACGACGAGUCCCGAGCAGGCACUCCUUCCCUGGUCACCUAUCUCAAGAAGGCUGGGAAGCCUGGCACCUCUCCACUGGCCAGUAAGGUUGGGGCUCCAGCAGUCCCUUCUGGAAAGCUGCAGAAGCAGCAGAAACAGCCAACCACAGUGUGCCCGCCACCAGGAGACCUGAGUAUUGAGGACCUCAGUGACCCAUCUCUGGACAAGGCAGCCAUGAAGAUCCAGGCUGCCUUCAAGGGUUACAAGGUGCGGAAGGAGAUGAGGCAGCAGGAGGGGCCCGUGUUCCGGAGCACAUUUGGAGACACUGAGGCACAGGUUGGGGACACCUUACGUCUAGAGUGUGUGGUGUCCAGCAAGGCAGACGUGCAAGCUCGUUGGCUGAAGGAUGGAGUGGAGCUGACGGAUGGCAGGCACCACCACAUUGACCAGCUCAGGGAUGGCACCUGUUCUCUGCUGGUCGCUGGCGUGGGCCAUGCGGAUGCGGGCUGCUACACCUGCCAGGUGAGCAGCAAGUUUGGCUGUACGGUCCACAGUGCCCACGUGGCUGUCAGCGGGACGGAGAGCGAGGCUGAGAGCUCCUCUGGUGGAGAAGUGGACGACGCCUUCCGCCGGGCAGCCCGGCGGCUGCACCGCCUCUUCCGCACCAAGGGCUCAGCUGAGGUUUCGGAGGAGGAGAUCUUCUUGAGCGCCGAUGAGGGCUCAGGGGAGCCUGAGGAGCCUGGGGACUGGCAGACGUACCGCGAGGAUGAGCACUUGGUUUGCAUCCGCUUUGAGGCACUGCCUGAGGCCCGUCGGGCGGCCACCCACUUCCAGGAGAUGUUCAACAUGCUAGGCAUUGGGGUGGACAUCAGCCUGUUGGAGCAGGGACCCCGGGGGGUGGAGAUACGCAUCGCCAAGGUGGCCCUUGCCCCCGCAGUGCCUUUGGAGCCAGUGCCCAGCUUGCGGACCACAGAGGCUGCCCCAGUGUUCCUGACUGAGUUGCAGAAUCAGGAGGUGCUGGACGGGUACCCUGUGAGCUUCGACUGUGUGGUGACAGGCCAGCCCACGCCCAGCGUGCGCUGGUUCAAAGAUGGGAGGAUCCUGGAGGAGGAUGACCACUACAUGAUCAGUGAUGACCAACAGGGCGGCCACCAGCUCAUCAUCACAGCUGUGGUGCCUGCAGACAUGGGUGUCUACCGCUGCCUGGCUGAGAACAGCAUGGGUGUGUCCUCCACCAAGGCUGAGCUCCGAGUGGACUUGACCAGCACUGACUAUGACACUGCCGCGGAUGCCACCGAGACCUCAUCCUACUUCAGCGCCCAAGGCUACCAGUCCAGUCGAGAGCAGGAGGGUGUAGAGUCUACGUCAGAAGAGGGACAAUUGCCCCAGGUGGUGGAGGAGCUGAAAGACCUCCAGGUGGCCCCUGGCACACGCCUGGCCAAGUUCCAGCUCAAGGUGAAAGGCUACCCGGUGCCCCGCCUGUACUGGUUCAAAGAUGGGCAGCCCCUGACUGCUUCUGCGCACAUUCGCAUGGUGAACAAGAAGGCACUGCACAGCCUGGAGAUCCUGUCGGUUACCAGCGAGGAUGCCGGCCAGUACUCUGCCUACGUCAGCAACACUGUGGGUGCCGCUUACUCCUCUGCCCAGUUACUGGUCCAAGGCCCUAAUGACCCAGAAAAGAAGCCGGCAGCAGAUGUGCAGCAACAGCUGGUGCCACCGCGAUUCCUGGAGAAGUUCACCUCUAAGAAGGUGAAGAAGGGCUCCAGCAUUACUUUAUCCGUGAAGGUCAAAGGUCUCCCCACCCCCACUGUGCACUGGCUGCGGGAGGAGGCCGAGCAGGUGCUGUGGAUUGGCCAGGACACCCCGGGCUACACGGUGGCCAGCUCAGCCCAGCAGCACAGCCUGGUCCUGCUGGACGUGGGCCCACAGCACCAGGGCACCUACACCUGCAUCGCAUCCAACGCUGCUGGCCAGGCCCUCUGCUCCGCCAGCCUGCAUGUCUCUGGCUUGCCCAAGGAGGCAGGACCCGUGGGAGAGACCGCUGCGGUGAAGGAAGCCCUCAUCUCCACCUUUCUUCAGGGGACCAAAGCCAUCUCCGAACAGAUGCCUAUGGAUUUCACCAGCCUUGCUGGGCAGAAAGGAGAGCCCCUGGCAGCCGAGGCCCAUGGCCACCUGACCCUGGCUGAGGUGGGCACGGAGGAGUUCCUGCAGAAGCUGACCUCACAAAUCACGGAGAUGGUGUCGGCCAAGAUCUCCCAGGCCAAGCUGCAGGUGCCUGGAGGUGACAGUGACGAGGAGUCCAAGACACCGUCCGCAUCUCCCCGUCAUGGCCGCUCUCGCCCCUCCUCCAGCGUCCAGGAGUCAUCCUCGGAGUCGGAAGACGGGGACUCCCGGGGGGAGAUCUUUGACAUCUACGUGGUCACUGCUGACUACCUGCCCCUAGGGGCUGAGCAGGACGCCAUCUCGCUGCGGGAGGGUCAGUAUGUAGAGGUGCUGGACUCGGCCCACCCUCUGCGCUGGCUUGUGCGCACCAAGCCCACCAAGUCCAGCCCCUCAAGACAGGGCUGGGUGUCCCCUGCCUAUCUGGACAAGCGGCUCAAGCUGUCGCCUGAGUGGGGGCCCGCUGAGGCCCCCGAGUUCCCUAAGGAGGCCGUGUCUGAGGAUGAGUACAAGAUGCGGUUGAGCUCCAUCGUCCAGGAGUUGCUGGCCUCUGAGCAGGCCUUUGUGGGCAAGCUGCAGUUUCUGCAGAGCCACCACAUGCAGCACCUGGACCACUGCCCCCACGUGCCAGCGGCGGUGGCCAGCCAGAAGGCCGUCAUCUUUCGCAACGUGCCGGACCUCAGCCAGUUCCACAACAGCUUCCUGCAGGAGCUGCAGAGCUGCCAGACGGAUGACGACGUGGCCAUGUGCUUCCUCAAGAACCAGGCAGCCUUUGAGAAGUACCUGGAGUUCCUGGUGGGCCGAGUGCAGGCCGAGUCGGUGGUGGUCAGCACGGCUGUGCAGGAGUUCUACAAGAAAUACUCGGAAGAGGUGCUGUCGGCCAUUGACCCCUCGCAGCCACCCCCACCGCCGCUGCAGCACUUCCUGGAGCAGCCGGUGCAGCGGGUGCAGCAGUACCAGGCUCUGCUCAAGGAGUUGAUCCGCAACAAGGCGCGGAACCGGCAGAACUGCGCACUGCUGGAACAGGCCUACGCGGUGGUGUCGGCCCUGCCGCAGCGGGCGGAGAACCAGCUGCACGUGUCGCUCAUGGAGAACUACCCAGGCACCCUGGAGGCCCUGGGCGAGCCCAUUCGCCAGGGCCACUUCAUUGUGUGGGAAGGGGCACCGGGCGCGCGGAUGCCCUGGAAGGGCCACCACCGCCACGUCUUCCUGUUCCGCCACCACCUGGUGGUCUGCAAGCCCAAGAGGGACUCACACACCGACACCUUCAGCUACGUGUUCCGGAACAUGAUGAAGCUAAGCAGCAUCGACCUGAACGAGCAGGUCGAGGGGGACGACCGUGCCUUCGAGGUGUGGCACGAGCGGGAGGACUCGGUGCGCAAGUACCUCCUGCAGGCUCGGACUGUCAUCACCAAGAACGCAUGGGUGAAGGAGAUCUGCGGCAUCCAGCAGCGCUUGGCCCUCCCCGUCUGGCGGCCCCCGGAUUUCGAGGAAGAGCUGGCCGACUGUACAGCCGAGCUGGGUGAAACAGUCAAGCUGGCCUGCCGUGUGACGGGCACACCCAAGCCCAUCGUCAGCUGGUACAAAGAUGGGAAGCCAGUGGAGGUGGACCCUCACCACAUCCUCAUUGAAGACCCUGAUGGCUCAUGCACCCUCAUCCUGGACAAUCUGACCAGCGCUGAUUCCGGCCAGUACAUGUGUUUUGCGGCCAGUGCUGCCGGCAAUGCCAGCACCCUGGGCAAGAUCCUGGUGCAGGUCCCCCCAAGGUUUGUGAGCAAGGUUCGGGCAGUGCCUUUUGUGGAAGGAGAGGACACCCAGGUCACCUGCACCAUCGAAGGUGCCCCACACCCUCAGAUCAGGUGGUACAAGGACGGGGCCCUCCUGACCCCUGGUGGCAAGUAUCGGACCCUGAGUGAGCCACGCAGUGGCCUGCUGGUGCUGGAGAUCCGGGAGGCCAGCAAGGAGGACCUGGGCCACUAUGAGUGUGAGCUGGUGAACCGGCUGGGCUCCGUACGAGAAGGCGUGGAGCUGUGCCUGCAGGGCCCUACCCUGCAGGCCAGGGAACCACACCGCCGCAGGGAGCACGUGGCUGUGGUGGAAGGUGCUGCUGUCCCACCCCCAACUGCUCUGGAGCACGUGGACCAGAGCACAUCUGUCCAGAGGACACUGGUGGGCCUGGAGGCUCCGGGAACCUCUGCAGGGGACCACGCUGGCCUGGGCCCCAGGGAGCCACUUGCUCUCCAGGAGGCCAGCCCCCAGCUCCUAGGCACUGAGGCUGCAGAGGAAUCUGGCCCUGGCCUCCUACCAGCAGAGUCCAGGAAGGUGCCUGAGUCUCUCCCUCCUGGGAGCCAGGAUCAGGACUCGGGGGCUCCUGCGGCGGCUCACGAACGCAUGGUGCCCAUCAGGAUGGAGAGCGCGGCCUGGCCAGGGACAGAGGCCACUGAGCUCUGGGAUGUCUGCAGCCAUGUGUUCACAGAAACCAUGCACCGGACAUACGUGUACAAGGCCAGCGACCUGGGUGCCGCAGCAAGACCCCCAUCCAUGCAGGUCACCAUCGAGGAUGUGCAGGCACAGGGAGGCAGCACAGCGCAAUUCCAGGCCGUCAUCGAGGGCAACCCGCAGCCCACAGUGACCUGGUAUAAGGACAGCGUCCAGCUGGUGGACAGUGCACGGCUCAGCCAGCAGCAGGAAGGGACAACCUACUCCCUGGUGCUGAGGGAUGUGGCCCAGCACGAUGCCGGUGUCUACACCUGCCUGGCCCAAAACGCUGGCGGCCAGGUGCUGUGCAAGGCGGAGCUGCUGGUGCACGAAGGGGCCAGCGAGCUGGGCUCGGAGAAGCAAAGCUAUCGGAGAAAACUGCACUCUUUCUAUGAAGUCAAGGAAGAGAUUGGGAGAGGUGUGUUCGGCUUUGUGAAGAGGGUGCAGCACAAGGGCAACCAGAUGUCUUGUGCUGCCAAGUUCAUCCCCCUGCGGAGCAGGACGCGCACCCAGGCUUACCGGGAGCGAGAUGUGCUGGCAGAGCUGAGCCACCCGCUGGUGACCAGGCUGCUGGACCAGUUUGAGACGCGCAAAACGCUCAUCCUUGUCCUGGAGCUGUGCUCAUCAGAGGAAUUACUGGACCGCCUGUUCAAGAAGAGUGUGGUGACAGAAGCUGAGGUCAAGGUCUACAUCCAGCAGCUGGCGGAGGGGUUGCAUUACCUGCACAGCCACAGCAUCCUCCACCUGGACAUAAAGCCCCCCAACAUCCUGAUGGUGCAUCCUGCUCGGGAAGACAUUAAAAUCUGCGACUUCGGCUUUGCCCAAAAAAUCACCAGGGCAGAGCCAAAGUAUAGCAAGUACGGGUCCCCGGAGUUUGUGUCCCCGGAGAUCAUUGAGCAGAGCCCUGUGAGCGAAGCCUCUGACAUCUGGGCUAUGGGGGUCAUCUCCUACCUCAGCUUGACCUGCGUGUCCCCAUUUGCGGGCGAGAGUGACCGAGCAACCCUCUUGAACGUGCUGGAGGGGCGGGUGUCCUGGAGCAGCCCGGUGGCUGCACACCUCAGCCCGGACGCUCAGGACUUUAUCAAGGCCGCCCUGCGGAGGGCCCCGGAAAGCCGGCCCAGUGCAGCCCAGUGCCUUGCCCACCCCUGGUUCCAGAAGUCCCUGCCCGCGGAGGAGGCCCACUUCAUCAACACCAAGCAGCUCAAGUUCCUCUUGGCCCGCAGCCGCUGGCAGCGCUCCCUGAUGAGCUACAAGUCCAUCCUGGUGAUGCGCUCCAUCCCCGAGCUGCUGCAGGGCCCGCCAGACAGCCCGUCCCUCGGCGUGGCCCGGCACCUGCGCGGCGACGCCAGCGCCUCUUCCAGCAGCUCCUCGUCCUCCGACAACGAGCUGGCACCCUUCGCCCGGGCCAAGUCGCUGCCACCCUCCCCGGUGACGCACUCCCCGCUGGUGCACCCGCGAGGGUUCCUGCGGCCGUCGGCCAGCCUGCCCGAGGAGGCCGAGGCCUGUCCUCCCCAGGAGGCCCUGCCUUGGCCCGCGCCGCCCGGGGGCGCCGAGCCCGCAGCUGCCCCGGGCUGCGUGCCCCGGCAGAGCGUCAUCCGCAGCCUGUUCUACCAGCAGGCCGGCCAGAGUCCGCCGCGCGGGGCCCCGGCCACGGCCAUGGCCACAGCCACGGCCACGGGCAGGCGGGUGCCUGCGCGGCGGAGGCACCUGCUCAAGGGCGGCUACUUCUCGGGCACCGUGCCCGGCCUGCGCGAGCCGCUGCUGGAGCACCGCGCGCUGGAGGAGGCGGCCGCCCGAGAGGAGCCGCCCUCCCUCGAGACCUCCCCGCGGCCGCCCAGCGCCAGCACCGGCGCCCCCGGAGGCCCCUGCCCCAGCCAGUCCCUGGGCUCCAACUGUCCCCGUGGGGCCGGCCCCUCCGGAGAGGCCUGCCAUGAGGGGCAGGGUCCCUCACCCACCCUCUGGGGCCUCCAGGCUGAAACAGGAGGGGAGCGCGUGCCCAGAGAGGUGGCAGGUGCCCCGGAAAUGGAGUCUCGGGAAGGGCAGAGACCAUUUUCAUCUUCUGGCGGAGAUCCUUGCCUUGCUGAGCAAGAGGGGUCCUCCCAGGACAGCUGUGAGGGGCAGCCGGCUCCUUUUUGUCACCCCCAGAGGGGCCCUGCCACCAGGAAGGACUCUGAUCCCCCUGAGGCUGUUGCACCCCAAGCUCCUGGCUCCUUCCUCUCCCGGGGACUGCAGGCUCCCUCCUCCUCAGCUCAAGCAAGCCUCCAGUCAGGCCCUAAGAUGGGGCUGGGGGCCACCCUGUUUCCUGGGAGGCCCCGUCCCCCCAGCUCUCCAGGGCCAGCCUCCCCAUCUGGCAUGGCGCCCGGCUCCUCCCUGGACACCAAGGAUCUAGCCCAGGAGACAGAGGGCCUGUGGGAGUCUGAGCCCAGCCCACCUCAGCCUCGGGAGCAGGCGACCUCACGGAAGUUCUCCCUUGGGCACCAUGGCGGUUAUGCAGGGGUGGCCGGCUAUGGCGCCUUUGCCUUUGGCGGGGAUGCGGGAGGCAUACUGGGACGGGGACCCCUGUGGGCCCGGAUGACCUGGGCCACCUCUCAGUCCUCGGAGGAACAGGACGAAACAGGGGCCGAGAGCCCACUCCCCCAGGCCAGCGUGGUGCCCUUGCCAGAGGGCAGCGGGGGAAGGGGAUCCCAGGUGUCGCUGGUGCAGAUCCAGGACCUGUCGGGGGACAUGGAGGCAGCAGACACCAUGUCUCUGGAUAUAUCAGAGGUGGAGCCUGCCUACCUCAACCUGUCGGACCUGUACGACAUCAAGUACCUUCCCUUUGAGUUCAUGCUCUUCAGGAAGAUCCCCAAACCAGAGCUGCCACCAUCCCCAGCGUCGGAGGCUGGGGAGGAGCUGGCUGAGCUCCCAGAGGCCACGUGGUCCUGGCAGGGCGGGCUGGGCCUGCCUGCCAGCCUGGAGAUCAGGGAAGAGCUGGAGGACAGUAAGGCCCUGUUCAGGGAGGCAGGUGGCAGCAGGAAGCGCAAGUGGUCACCCCCCUCCAGUGGCCUGCGCUUCCCUGGGAGGCAUGCCCUGCUGGACGAGCCUGUGGAACUGGGGCUGCGCCAGAAGGUGAGGGCCUCAGUGGCCCAUAUCUCCAGCCUCCUGAGAGGCAGGCCUCAAGGUCCAGAGAAGGAGGGUCCCCCUAGGAAAAAGGCAGGCCUAGUUUCCUUCCGGCUGUCAGGUCUGAAGAGCAGAGACCAAGCGCCAUCCUUCCUAAGGGAGCUUGCAGAUGAGACCGUGGUCCUGGGCCAGUCUGUGACUCUUGCCUGCCAAGUGUCGGCCCAGCCAGCUGCCCAGGCCACCUGGGAUAAAGAUGGGGUCAUCCUGGAGAGCAGCAGCCGCCUCCUCAUCUCCUCCACACUAAAAAAUUUCCACCUUCUGACCAUCCUGGUGGUGACCACUGAGGACCUAGGCGUGUACACAUGCAGCGUGCACAAUGCCCUGGGCAUGGCAGCCACCACAGCUGUCCUCCGGAAGGCAGAGCGCCCCUCGUCCUCCCCGCGCCCAGACAUCGGGGAGGUGUACACUGAUGGGGUCUUGCUGGUCUGGAAGCCCAUCGAGUCCUAUGGCCCUGUGACCUACAUUGUGCAGUGCAGCCUAGAAGGUGGCAGCUGGAGCACGCUGGCCUCAGACAUCUUUGAUUGCUGCUACCUGGCCAGCAAGCUUUCCAGAGGCGGUGUGUAUGCCUUUCGGACUGCGUGCGUCAGCAAGGCCGGCAUGGGCCCCUACAGCAGCCCCUCUGAGCAGGUCCACCUGGGAGGGCCCAGGCACCUGGCCUCCGAGGAGAGCUGCCCUGCACCGCCAGCCCAGCCGCUCCCCAGUACGCAGACCUUCGCCUUCCAAACACAGAUCCGAAGGGGCCGCUUCAGCGUGGUGCGCCAGUGCCGGGAGAAGGCCAGCGGACGGGAGCUGGCCGCCAAGAUCAUCCCCUACCGCCCGGAGGACAGGACAGCCGUGCUCAGCGAGUACGAGGCCCUCAAGGGCCUGCGCAACCCGCACUUGGCCCAGCUGCAGGCCGCCUACCUCAGCCCCCGGCACCUGGUCCUCAUCUUGGAGCUGUGCUCAGGGCCGGAGCUGCUCCCCUGCCUGGCUGAGCGGGCCUCCUAUUCAGAAUCUGAGGUGAAGGACUACCUGUGGCAGAUGCUGAGCGCCACCCAGUACCUGCACGCACAGCGCAUCCUGCAUCUGGACCUCAGGUCCGAGAACAUGAUCGUCACAGAGUACAACCUGCUCAAGGUGGUUGACUUGGGCAACGCCCAGAGCCUCGCCCAGGAAAGGGUCCUGCCCUCAGAGAGGUUCAAAGACUAUGUGGAGACCAUGGCCCCGGAGCUCCUGGAGGGCCAGGGUGCCGUUCCACAGACUGACAUCUGGGCCAUCGGUGUGACGGCGUUCAUAAUGUUGAGCGCCGAGUACCCAGUGAGCAGCGAGGGCACGCGAGACAUGCAGAAAGGCCUGCGCAAAGGGCUCAUCUUGCUGAGUCGCUGCUACGCGGGGCUGUCCGGGGGAGCCGUGGCCUUCCUGCAGAGCACGCUGUGCGCGCACCCCUGGGGCCGGCCGUGUGCAUCCAGCUGCCUGCAGUGCCCAUGGCUGACUGAGGAGGGCCCAGCCUGCUCCCAGCCCUCCGCGGUGACCUUCCCCACAGCACGUCUGCGUGCCUUUGUGCGAGAGCGUGAGAAGAGGCGGGCGCUGCUGUACAAGAAGCACAACCUGGCCCAAGUGUGCUGAGCGCUUGGUCCUGUGGUGUUGGGGGGGGGGGGGGGGUCACACUGCUAGGCAGCACACCUGGCCUCCACACGCAGUAUAUGUACAGACACUAAUAAAAACCAGAACCACAUGAGGCAUCA